AUGACCACCCCAGUUGUCGAGAAGGAGAAGCCCGUGGUCGAAGACGACCAAAUCGAAGACAAGAAGGGAGACGAUGUCGUUCACCUUGAGUCUGUCGACAGAGUCUACACUGCGGCUGAAUGGGAGAAACUGCUUCACGAAGCAGAAAUCGCCGAGGACGAAGAGAAGAACAUGCCCCUGUGGGUUGCCAUGCGCACCUACCCCAAGGCCAUGAUCUGGACCUUUUUGGUCACUAUGCACUUCGUCAUGGCUUCUUUUGAUGGCUCCAUCUUUGGAAGCAUCAUUGCACUUCCAGCUUUCAGGGAGAAAUACGGAGUCUACUCCGAAAAGGCUGCCGGCUAUCAGCUGACCGCAAGCUGGCAAACCGGUUUGGGCAAGGCAGCGGGCACUGGUUCUUUCUUCGGUAUCAUCAUUGGAGGCUGGGCGCAAGCCAAGUACGGUUACCGUCGAACCUUGCAGGUCGGCCUCGUCUGGCUCGCGGGUGUCAUUUUCAUCACGUUUUUCGCAAAGAACAUUGUAAUGCUUUUUGCCGGCGAACUGCUCAGUGGAAUGAGCUUUGGUGCAUUCACAUGCUCUGCCAUGGGUUAUUCGUCUGAAAUCGCUCCAGUCCCUCUGCGUGGUUUCCUUACCACCUACAUUGCUUUUGUCAACAGCUUUGGCCAGCUUCUCGCUGCAGGCAUCUUCCGAGCAAUGGCGGACAUUGAGGGAGAGUGGAGUUACAGGAUUCCCUUUGCUGUCCAGUGGGUCUGGCUCAUCCCCCUCUUCAUCAUCGCCACGUUCGCUCCGGAAUCACCGUGGUUCCUCGUUCGAUGCGGCAGGCUCUUGGACGCCGAGAAGGCAGUGGGUCGGUUGGGAAAGACCUCGGACACGAGAAACCCAGAGCGAAUUGUUGCUAUGAUGGUGCGCACCAACCAGCAUGAGAAGGAAAAGUCAAGCUCGAUGUCGUACCUGGAAUGCUUCAAGGGAACCAAUCUUCGCCGCACCGAGAUCGCCUGCGUUGUCAUGUGCUUUAUCCCUCUCUGCGGCGACUGGUUUGGCGGCGGCGGAGCUUAUUUCUUCGAGCAAGUCGGACUUAGCACCGCGAACGCCUUCUCGUUCAACAUGGGGCUGUGGGCAUUCGCGUGUCUCGGCACUGUUGUGUCGUGGUUCAUCAUCCCACACGUUGGACGCCGCAAGCUUGUUAUGGCUGGUCUUUUCGCCCUUGCCUUCAUAGUGAUGAUCGCUGACGCGGCACAGCCUCUUCCUUGUGGGAAUGCUCACGAUCGGUGUCAGGAAGGGCAUCACUGCUUGCCUGCUGUUCUCAUCCUCGUUUGGAUCUUCGUUUUCAACGUCGCCGUCGCGCCCCUCGUGUACACGCUUGUUGGCGAAUGCUCCAGCACCCGUCUUCGUGGACAGACCAUUGGUAUCGCUCGCAACACCUAUAUUCUCUGUGCACUUCCUGUGGCCUUCAUCGCCAACUACUCGAUGAACCCCUCAGCUUGGGGAUGGGGUACCUACGCAGGUCUCUUCUGGUGUGGAACCUGUCUCACGCUUCCCGUCUGGGCGUACUUCCGCCUGCCUGAGACCAAGGGACGCAGCUUCCGCGAGCUGGACAUUCUCUUCGAGGACAAGGUCCCGGCCAGGCAGUUUUCGACAACUGUUGUGAGCCGUGGAUUUGAUGAGGUCGACCUUGCCCAGGAGCAGCCUCGUUAA